CCCUUUGGCUAAUGUAACGUGAGUCCCAUGUUGUGCAGUGGCCCUUGAGGUGCGCUGUCGGGCCGGGCCCCUGGAUGGAGCGACUCUGCGACUGUUGCUGCUGCUGGGUGAGCGCUUUGUCUGUGGCAGACGUUACAUUCUUCUGCAAACAGCCAGCGUCUGAGGAAGGGCAGGGACUGUACUGCUGCUGCUGCUGCUCAAACCGGUCGGACAGGUAGAGGAGUGCUUGUUGACACCGUUAUAUUUGGAGCACGCAUGCUCGCUCCUCCAGUUCCUGCUGCUUUUUUCUCUUCCACUUUCUUCUUGACAUUUUGUGGGUACAGAGAGUGGGCGCCUAGACUUAUCGCUACCUGUGUGGGAGCUGCCCCUGCGCCACUUGGCUUCGUCACUUGGGUGAGGGCAGGGGGGGGAGGGUGGUGGCGACAGAGCGGGGAAGGAAAAGUUCUGGAGGAAACCGCAAGGUGAAGUGGUGUAGUCCGCGGGCUCAGCACCCCGUCUCCUGCUAUCAUGCCUAGAGCCUUCCUGGUGAAGCGAAGGAGUCCUCCGCCCGUCAUCCGUAACUGGGACGAACUCCCGGACGAGGAGAGAGCAGAUACCUAUAUCCCAGACACUAUAGAUUGUAUAUUGAAGUAUGUCACUGAAGAUAGCCUCAGUAACAGCAGUGCUGGCGACCCUUCGGGGGAGAGUCCUGAGAGGAGCAGCAGUGACUCCGGGAGCUGUAAUGGCAGCAUCACCAGCGACCCCCAAAAUGGACUUGUCUCUUCCUCUGGAACCGACACCACAAAGCAAGAGCAGGAGGAGGAACAGGCUUCCGACCCUCAUGACAAAAGACCAUCGGCCAGAUCAAAAAUUAAGUUCACAACUGGAUCAUGCAGUGAGGAGAUUUACAGCUGUGAGAUCUGUGCAAAAGGCUUCCGUUUACAACGCAUGCUCAAUCGUCACCUCAAGUGUCAUAAUCAAGUGAAAAAGCACCUGUGCACCUUCUGUGGGAAAGGAUUUAAUGAUACUUUUGACCUAAAGAGACACGUGAGGACUCACACAGGCAUCCGCCCUUACAAGUGUGAGGUCUGCAACAAGGCAUUUACUCAGAGGUGUUCUCUGGAAUCUCAUCUCAAGAAAAUCCACGGGGUGCAGCAGGGUUACGGUUACAAGCAACGCAGGGACAAGCUCUUUGUCUGUGAAGAUUGUGGCUACACCGGACCUUCCCAAGAGGACUUGUACCUACACGUUUAUGAUAGCCACCCAGGAAGCGCUUUCCUCAAGAAAACCACCAAAAAACUGGCAGCCAUUUUACAAACCAAAAUCACAUCUGUUCUCCAGAUAAGUUCCACAGAAAAGGACGAGGCGGAGGCAGAGUGAGACGACAAGUUGGCACUUAGACAGAUGUUUACAGCCUUUAUGAACCUACCAUCAUUUUAUUGCCUAUUUUAUUGUUGCUUUUUAAAGUGGGGGGAGCUUUCUAAAUUAUACAGUGAACUCACCAUAGUUGGAUAGACUUUUUUUAUGCUACGAUAAAUGAUUUGGCCAAAAAAAUUUAAAUAUACGUUUUAGAAUAAUUAUCUCAUGGAUGUGGUAUGAACUGUACAAUUGUAUAGCAGUGUAUAUAAAUGUAUUAGUGCUUA